AUGUCCAUUCCAACCUUUGACGACUUGCCCCCCGUGACGGGUAUGCCGCAAGGCUGCUCCUGGGGUGUUUUCGAUAAGGACGGCAAGAAAGAUGUCUACGGAACGUUGAACCUGCUCACCCCAGAGGGCACCAAGGAUGCUGCGGCAGAGGUUCGUCAAGGCUUGUCUAUCUCUCUGAAUUGGCCCAUUGGAAGCAUCAAAUUUCCCGGUUUCUUUCGAAAGAGCCUCUGUCACAACGUUACAAAACUGGAAGACCCAGAGUCUUCCUGUCAUUUUGGCUUUGACGACGAGGUCGAAUUCAAUACGCAAGCCAGCAGCCAGUGGGAUAGCUUCAGUAUAUAUCCUGUCAUAUCUUCUCAUAAAUCAUUUUUAUUAAUAUUUCAACCAGCCCAUUUUACCCACCUCUCAACCGGCCUCGCGUAUAACGGAGCAAACCCAACAAUCGAAGCCCUCCAAACCCCCGAUCCCGAAAAUCAACUUCCCACACUUGACCACUGGCACCAACGCGGUUGCGUGACCGGCCGAGGCGUACUACUCGACUUUAAACGUUACGCAGAGUCUCAGAAAAUCCACUACGACGAAUUCUCCGGCUUCCGCAUUGGGACUAAGGAGUUGGAAGCAGUAGCCACGUGGCAAGGCCUAACCUUCCGAACGGGCGACAUUCUCAUAAUCCGAUUCGGCGUGACCGAGAAACUGGGUCAGAUGAAUGGGGCGGAACAAGGAGCCGCGAUGAGCACACACAAGAUGUGCGGGCUUGAGGGAAGCAAGGAGAUGGCGCGCUGGCUGUGGGAUCAUCGCUUUGCGGCUGUUGCUAGUGAUAAUAUGGCUGUUGAGGCUAUGCCGCCUAUGAUUGAUGGCGUCGAGCAGCCUAUGCAUGAGCUUGUGUUGCACCAGUGGUGUCUUAGUUUGCUGGGCAUUCCGCUCGGUGAACUUUGGGAUUUGAAAGCACUCAGUGAUGCUUGUCAAGCUAGUAAGCAGUAUUCUUUCUUGCUUACUUCGUCGCCACUGAAUUUCCCCGGUGCCGUUGGGAGCCCGCCUAACGCUUUGGCUAUUCUUUAA